AAUGGCUUUUGAAAAGGCACAGAGAGCAGAGAGUGUGUCUGGGUGUAUUUUGCUGCUACGCAUAAUUUACCAUCUGAACCAUGGGUUUGGGAAACUCCCACCCUGAGCUGUUUCCAGGAGACAUUCUAGAGUUCCCUCGCAACAAGUACUUCUCGCACUAUGGUGUUUACUAUGGAGAGAGAGAUGGAGUAGCUUAUGUGGCCCAUUUAACCAUCAGAGACUCAAGCUCUCAGUUCCUCAUUUUCGGCCGGGCGCUGAACUCUUCGGUGAGGCUGGACCCUCUGCACAUCAUGGGCAAGAGGUUCAAGGUGUGCAACGGCCUGGAUAACAAGCACCCGCCGCGAGACUUCUACAACCAGAUCAAGCCAGAGAUCGACGAGGCCGUCGGCAAGUCCGUGACCUUCGACGUCCUCUUCCACAACAGCGAACACCAGGCCACGCUGUUCCGCUACGGGGUCAAGAGGUCAGAGCAGAUCGAAAAAGUUUAUGCCAGAAUCGUCCCCACAUGGCGACAACCCUUUGAGAACAAAACUUUGUGAUGUGAAGAUCAUGGAGGAGGAAGAUUUUAGUAGUUCAUAAAGGUUGGAGCAUGCUUCACCCAAACAGAUGUCUCUCUUCUGCUGACCAAAAUAAUGUAUAACUGAAAAGUAAGAAGGGGUUGCAACAUGCUUCAACUUACACUUUUCAGUUGAACUUUUUUUUAUCAUCAUCCCUCUUGGAUGAAUCUUUCCAUUUAUUUCAGUCCAUCUUGGCUGUGGGUUUGAUCUUUGGAGAUGGCUGUGGCCAGACAAGGCUCCUGAAUUAAAAAAGCCUCCAC